AUGAGGAAGCCGUUCCAAAGGAUUCAUGCCUCUAUAGUAGGCAAGUUCGAAGACGGCGUCGGCGAAAAGAUUCCACAGUGGAUUCGGGCAAAUGGAGGGCAGUUCUCGAGAGACGUGAACCCGCGAGUUACCCAUCUCAUUGCCACAAAGGAGGCGUUCAAAAGCAAUGCAGUUCCAGUGCAAACUGCCAAGAAGAACAGCACUAUCAAAAUCGUCUCAUACGAUUGGCUUGAAGACUCGCUGCUGUCAGCAACCCGCCGGCCAAAGCCUGAAGGGCCAUAUCUUCUAAAGAAUCUGAUGAAACCCGAGAAGAAGGAAGUCAAGAAGAAUGCCACGCCAAAGUCCUUAAAGACGGUCAAGGAGAUCAAAGCGAACGUUCCAAAACGUCGGAUAGUUGACCCUUUCCUUGGCUCAAAGGGAAAAAGAAAGCCCGUGCGUCAGGUGUACCAGGACAAAAAGACAAAUGUGGUUUACAGCAUCACCUUAUUCCGCCCAUCAAAACCACCAGGCAAUAGCAGAGAAAAGUACCAACUAACUCUUUUCGAAUCCGUCGCCGAACCACACACCUACUCGACCUACACCAAAUUCAGCCGCGUUGGCACAUCUAAUGUUGAACUGCUGGCGGGACCAAAGUGCAAGCUCGAGCUUGCGGUGGACAAAUUCAAGCAGUUCUUCAAGGAACAGACUGGAAAGGAAUGGAACGAAAGGGCAAAUGGAAAGAUGCCACCCUCAAAGACAGACCAGGAAGGAAACAGCUUACCUGCUCACGAAGGGUGGUUCUAUCUCGAGGAAAAGACAACCAUUCUUGGUGCAUUCCUCAGAGAACCCCAGAACCCAAGUUCUCAAGGCUCGACUGGCAACAUCGUAUACGAUCGUACCAAAGAGGAUAAUGUCGACCAUAUGGCAACCCAUCAAGUCCAAGAUGGGGACAAAGGCAGUUCUGAAGCUGACGGUAAUAUCAACGAAAGCAGCAUCGAGGACAAAAUGACAAAUCAUCAAGUCGAAGAUGGGGGUGAAGAUGGAUAUGAAGCUGGUGAUGAUGAUGAUGGCGAAAUGGAUGGCUAG